AUGGCGUGCGAUUAUAGGGGCAACUACUCGGACCUGCAGAAAUGGAAGGAGAACGUACUGGAAGGCCGACCGCGCAUCGAUAAGUCGCUCCUCACCGAAGACGUGACAACAACGAAGGGUAACGAAUUUGAAGAUUACUACCUCAAGCGAGAGCUCCUUAUGGGCAUUUACGAGAAGGGAUUUGAGAACCCCUCGCCCAUCCAAGAAGAAGCCAUCCCCAUCGCUUUGGCAGGACGAGACAUCCUGGCACGCGCGAAGAAUGGAACCGGCAAGACGGCGUCCUUUCUCAUCCCCGCACUCGAGCGCAUCAACACUGAACAAAACAUCAUCCAAGCCCUCAUCCUCGUGCCCACGAGAGAGUUGGCCCUGCAGACUUCGCAGGUUUGCAAGGAACUCGGCAAGCACAUGAACGUGAAGGUCAUGGUCACCACUGGCGGUACCAGCCUCAAGGAGGACAUCAUGAGGCUCCACAGCGUGGUCCACAUCCUGGUCGCCACUCCCGGCCGAGUGCUCGAUCUCGCCAAGAAGAAGGUCGCCGACCUCAGCAAGUGCACGUUCAUGGUCAUGGACGAGGCCGACAAGCUUCUGUCGCCUGAGUUCCAGCCUCUCGUGGAGCAAAUCAUCGAAUUCACGCCGGACGAGAGGCAAAUCCUCCUCUUCUCGGCCACUUUCCCCAUCACCGUCAAGGAUUUCAAGGAACGAUUCCUGCGGAAGCCUUACGAGAUCAAUCUCAUGGAAGAACUCACCCUCAAGGGUGUCACCCAGUACUACGCCUUCGUCGAGGAGAGGCAGAAAGUGCACUGCCUGAACACUCUCUUCUCCAAGCUUCAAAUCAACCAGUCGAUCAUCUUCUGCAACUCUGUCAACCGAGUGGAGCUGCUGGCGAAGAAGAUCACGCAGCUGGGCUACUCGUGCUUCUUCAUCCACGCCAAGAUGCUGCAGUCCGACCGUAAUCGCGUCUUCCACGAGUUCAGGAAGGAUCUGUUCACGCGAGGAAUUGACAUCCAGGCCGUGAACGUAGUCAUCAAUUUUGACUUCCCCAAGAACUCGGAGACCUACCUUCACCGCAUCGGCCGCUCGGGCAGAUUCGGACACCUGGGCCUGGCGAUCAACCUCGUGACCUACGAGGACAGGUUUAACUUAUUCAAGAUAGAGCAGGAGCUGGGUACUGAGAUCAAACCCAUCCCUCCCGUGAUCGACAAGAGACUGUACGUGGCCUACUAG